AUGCCAGAGUUACCAUGGAGAACUGUCCACAAAGAUUUUUAUGGUCCACUACCAUCGUCUGAAUAUCUUUUAGUGGCGGUAGAUAGAUACUCCAGAUUCCCAGAGGUUGAGAUCGUUCAUUCAACACGAACCUCAACAGUCAUUCCAAAACUUGACAAAAUGUUCUCAGUCCAUGGCAUUCCUGACACCAUUAUAUCUGAUAAUGGUCCCCCUUUUAACGGAGACGAAUAUGCACGAUAUCUGAAAGCCCUUGGUAUUCAAGCUAAGUUUUCAACACCCUACUGGUCCCAAGGUAAUGCUACAGUUGAACGAUUUAUGCGACCGUUAGGAAAAGCGCUCAAGACAGCGACACUCGAAGGACGACCAUGGAAACAAGAAUUGAACCGUUUUCUUUUACAAUAUCGUACCACUUCACAUUGCACUACAGGAGUACCUCCAUCAGAACUGUUUUUAACCGAGUGAUAAAAGGAAAAUUACCAGUUAUAAACAGCAAGAAGAUUGUCAAUCGACAUAAAGAAGCUCGAGACAAUGAGAAAACACGACAAGAACGCAACCGAGAAUAUGCAAAUCAAACACAAGAAAAAGUGAUCUACAAGUUGGAGGUUAUGUACUGGUUAGACAAGAAAAGAAAAACAAGCUAACUGUGAAUUUUAAUCACACACCGUAUAAAGUGAUAAAGAAAACUGGUUCAGAGAUACUUGCCCAAAGUAAAGAUGGUCACAUUGUGAAACGGAACGUGUCACAUUUCAAGCGAAUAAAUAAACCACGAGAAGAAGACACUGAUGAUGAAGGUUUCGAUUAUGAAGAAAACUCGCAGGACAAUCAGCCAUCCAUCAGUAAUGAAAACAACGAAGUACCAAGAAGAUCAAGCCGAAUUCGAAGACCACCGAAUCGAUACGGACAUGAAUAUCCAUCAAAUCUAAUAAACUAA